AUGAACGAACCUGACCUAGAUUUCACUCUCAUAGAUCCCGCUACCUUCCAUAACACAAAAUUCAGCGUCGACUCGUUCCUGGUGUCUCUCACCAAGGAUGUGAUCGGGCCAAGCAAGAGCGCGGGGCCGUUCGCAGCAGGGAAGGAUGCAUUAUCAGCCAAUGAGCAGGUGCAGCGUGUGCAGCGGCUGCUCGGCGUCCUUGAAAGGGCCGAGAGCGAGGUAUCGACGCUGCACGGGCUGUAUGCGGAGCAGGUGCAGGAGCUGCAGGAAGUUGGCAGCAGCGACGAGGCGCAGUACAGGGCGGACGUGGCGGCCCUGGAGCGCUGCGUUGAGAGGAUCAAGGCGGGCGUGAGGGACAUCGACGCCCGCGUCUCGCGCGUCUCGCAGACGGCCACGCGCAUAGGGGACAGGCUGCAGGUGCGCACGCAGAUUCUCUCGGCGGGGGACGGCGGCGGCGCAUCGAAUGAGGGCUUUGUUGCCACAGCAACGUACUCCUCGCUUGGCGCCAUGACGGCCGAGGCGAUGCGGGUGCGCUGCAUGGAGGCGCUUGAGCUGAUGGGGUACCUGCAGGCGUUCUCCUGUCUGCCGAGCGCCCUCGACUUGGAGAAGCUGCCACGCAUCUUCACGGACGACGCCACCAUGGCAGAGGCGGCGGCCGUGAGCCGCCGCCUGUCGCUGCUGGUGGGGGAGGUGGCGGGCGCCAAGGCGCGCACCAAGCAGCGCGAGGGUCUGCAGGCCCGCUUCACGCCCGGCAGCACGGGCGGCAUCGGCAGCGUCGAGCACACAGCCAAGAUGCUGGAGUCGUACUGCAGCCAGCUGGAGCACAGGGUGGUGGAGCGCUUUGACGCCGCAGUGGAGGCCGCUGACGAGGACGAGCAGGCGGAGUGCGUGCGGAUCAUGAUCCAGUGCGACAAGGAGAAGAUCAUCGCGCAGCGCUGGGUGGCCAGCCGCGCCAUCUUCCUGGCCAUUGAUGAUGCGAUGCUGGAGGAGGUCCUCCUAAUCAUGCCGCGGCGGCGGCCGACGGCGGAGGGCGGCACAGGGGACGGGGACGCCGCAGCUGCGGCAGAGCACGACCCUCAGGAGGCCCAGGCCGCUCAGAAGUCCGCACACAACUGCGCAUUCGGCACCUGCAACCGCAAUCUAAAGCCACCAACCGCCAACUGCUGA